AAAAGACUGUGCUACCCCCGUAUAUGCAAUAUAGCUAGCUAGUUGGCAAACACAUGGUACCACCACUAUUAUCCAAUUCUCAAAGCUUUCCACGCUUGCUUUUAUGACCAUCCUCUAAAGUUGGUGUUUUUCGUGUUUUCAAGACUUGUUGCCUUUUUCUUUUUCCUUCCCCUUAUUCCAUGGACACAACUCAGUGGGCACAGGGUAUUGGAGUUGUUAACCCUAUGGAAGGUAAUUCAAAGCCUCCAAUUAUGGAGAAAAGGGCAAGGCCACAGAAGGAUCAAGCUUUAAACUGCCCAAGGUGCAAUUCAACAAACACCAAAUUCUGCUACUACAAUAACUAUAGCCUCUCCCAACCAAGGUACUUUUGCAAGACUUGUAGAAGGUAUUGGACAGAGGGAGGCUCUUUGAGAAAUGUUCCAGUGGGUGGAGGCUCAAGAAAGAACAAAAGACCAACACCUGCAUCCUCAUCAUCAUCACCAUCAACUCCAUCAUCAACUAAGAAGUUUCCUGAUCUGGCAACCCCACAAAAUUUCCCUCAGAAUUCUUCUCAAACCCCAAAGAUCCACCAAGGCCAAGAUCUUAACCUAGCAUAUCCACCGGUUGAGGACUACAGCACCAUAUCUAAAUUCAUUGAGGUUCCUUACAACAACACUGAAGACAACAACAAGGCUGAAACUGAAACCCAUCAUCAAGGGGCUUUUCAAAAUCUCACUCCCUCUUCCUCUCACUUUUCUGGGAUCACUUCAUCAAGGGGCUUGAACUCUUUCAUGGCCAUGCCGGUUUCAGAUUCCAGCACAAUGUAUAACUCAACUGGGUUUCCUUUCCAAGACUUUAAGCCUGGCCUUAGCUUCAGUUUAGAGGGGUUUGAAAAUGGCUAUGGUGGUGAUCUCCAAGGGAUUCAAGAGGGUGAAGGGGCAAGGAUCUUGUUUCCUGUAGAGGAUUUGAAGUCACAGCAGAUCACAAAGAAUGCUGAGUUUGAGCCAAAUAGAAGCCAAGGGGAUUCAACUGGGUAUUGGAAUGGCAUGCUAGGUGGUGGAUCAUGGUAGAUAUUAGACAAGUAAAGAACAAGGAGUUGUUCAUUAUUUUUAGCCCAUGUUCUUUUAUUUUCUUAAUUUGGUGAGUGACUGUGUGAAGUGAUCAGAACCACUAACAGAUUAGGGUACAUGGCUUCGGUUUUGGUUAUUUAAUAUCCAUUUCAAUUUUUGAAUUUAUUUAAUUUUUUUUUUUGGCUUAUUUUCUCUGUAGAUUUCAGUCCACAUGAAUGUGUGUAUACAUAUGAUUGUUAAGUUUCCUUUC